AGAUAUUGCCUUUUCGCUGUUCUGAGUCACAGUGCUUCACUUCCAUUUGUUUUCCACGCUGUUAAUUUGCAGGCAAAAAAACCUCUUAGGAGGCUAAACUUCUCAGUGAGUUUGAUUUUAGCAGAAGCCUAUAAAGCACUUAUUGAAGAUAAGGUGUCCUUCUGAAGGAAAAUGCCAUUCAGAGAACCCAACUGCACAGAGUAGGUCACAGAACCACCCAUCACCUGUGCCCUCACAGACAAGGAGCCACCUGCACCCUCACAGGCUGUGACAUUGCAUGAAGAGUUUGAGACCUUCCAGCUUUUCUUCAGGGAGCUGUUCACGCUCCAGAAUGUCUACCAUGCUCAUGUGGAUGUCACUCAAGGAGCCAUUUCCCUUCCAGCAGGCAGCGCUGCUUUCUCAGUGCCUGCCUCAUUUCCUGGGCAAAGACGAUGGCCUAGGGCAGCACCUCUCCUGUAGACUGACUUCCACUGCAUGAGAGACCUGGCCGUUCCCUGGUGCUACCUACUCAACUCCUAUGGUCAGGACCUCUCCUUGAAGAACAACAGGGAGAUCAUCCACCUGCUGAAAAGCCUUGAAGGCAAGAACAUCACACCCAGGGUGCUGCCACCUCCCCAUGUCACCACCUGCACCAAAUACAAGCACGGGGAGCAAUUUUACUCUUCUUUUUCUUUCAUGCUGUGGACAUUUGUGUGCAAGACUCCCCUGACCAUCUGUUUUGGCUCUGUGUACAUGGCCAUCACCUGUCUCUUUGUGCAGCAGGACCAGCGUGUUCUCCAUCUGCUGGCAUGGUCUGAGGACACCAAGAGCCCCAAGGGGCACUUCUGGGUGAUGCCCUGCAGGAUCCCAGGAGAAGACAAUCUCAAGACGAAUGGGCUGUCUGGACAAGAGCUACCAGGAGUGAAGUCAGCAGAACUGAGCAGUAACUGGCAGCAGUAA